AGUCAGAUUCAGCAAUGCAAUUAUCAUUCAGCACUUGGAUUUCCAGCAGUGAAGUUUUCUAAUAGUAAAAAAUGAAAUUGGUAGUUUUAUUUAUUUCGUGUGUCCUGAUGGCGUCUGCCAGAGGAGCAUUGAUGCCACUAGAUGAUAAUUACGUGAACCGAGUCGUUGGUGGUCACGAAGCAGAGCCAGGUUCAGCUCCACAUCAAGUUUCUUUGCAAGGAUUAUUUGGUCAUUCAUGCGGUGGAUCCAUUAUCGGCGACCAAUGGGUUUUAACGGCUGCACAUUGCGUUGUGGGAGCAAGUACUUCUCAACUUCAAGUCCUGGUUGGAACCAACAGUCUGAAAGAAGGAGGUCAAAAAUAUAAGGCAACAAAAUUCAUCGUGCACAGUCGAUACAACAAUCCCCAAUUCCACAACGAUAUUGCGCUGGUAAAACUCGCAACGAAACUUGAGUUCAGCGAUAACGUGAGUAGUAUCGAAUACUCAGAGAAGGUUGUACCACAAAAUGCUACUCUUACUCUAACUGGUUGGGGACGAACCUCUACCAAUGGACCCAUUCCAACUAAAUUGCAAACGAUUGAUCUGAAGCACAUUUCAAAUGAAGAAUGUAAGCGUCUGCAUGGCGGUGGCUCUGAAGUUGAUAUUGGACACAUUUGUACGUUAACUAAGACCGGAGAAGGUGCUUGCAAUGGUGACUCUGGUGGCCCCCUGACGUAUAAUGGAAAAAUAGUUGGUGUAGUUAAUUUCGGCGUGCCCUGCGCUAAGGGAUACCCGGAUGCUUACGCCAGAGUGUCUUACUAUCACGAUUGGAUUCGUACAAAUGUGAAGAAUAACUCGUAAACCAACAAUUUGAUGAAAACUUUGGCAUUUUUACUCUGUAAUUGAAAUAAAGAUGAAUAUGAUUUUUACAUGGAAAAGAGAA